AUGAUCUUCUUGUGUGCAUUCAUACUCCUGCGCUUAAGUUCUGUCGCUGCAGGUUAUUCUCUCAUUGGAAAAAAUGUGUUGGUUACAGGUUCGUCUGGAGGCAUUGGCAAAGGCAUUGCGUUGAAACUUGGCAAGGAAGGAGCCAAUGUGAUUGUUCAUUACAACAACCGAAAAGUAGAAGCCCAAGUUACGAAAGAAAACUUAGGCAACUCUUGUCUUGGCGUCCUUCAUUGCGACUUUCGAAAGCCAGAAACAAUACCAGAUUUCAUGGCAAAGGUUCAAGAGCUCUGCAAAGAUGGGCUAGAUAUCUUGGUGAACAAUGCAGGAUCCAUCACCAAGCUCCCACUUGAAGACGAUGACACCGACCUUUCCUCAUGGCAUGACACAAUGGCUGUCAAUUUACAUGCACCAUUAUUGCUGAGUAAACUAGCUCUACCGACCAUGAAGAAAAAGGGAGAAGGGGUAAUCAUCAACAUUAGUUCGAUUCACGGCGAAAGAUCCAACGAAUUCAUGGGGGCAUAUGCCUGCAGCAAGUCUGGACUAGACUCUUUGACUAGAAGUAUGGCCAUCGAAUUUGCCCCUUACAACGUUCGGGUAAAUGGUGUUGCCCCUGGUGUGGUACCGGUGGAACGAACUGAAAAAGCCUUUCAAGACGACUCGAUGCGAAAUUCCUGGGCCGAAAAGUGUUUGGUUGGAAGACUGGGAACAGUGGAAGAAGUAGCCGACGUGUGCAUUCCUUUGAUUGAGAAUGAAUGGAUCACUGGAUCUACUUGGGAAAUCGAUGGAGGACUGAUGGCUCGGGGGAAUUACCCUGUGCGGCCUCGACCUUUGUCGCAAGGAUGA